GGGGUAACAGUUUGUAUUGGCGACGUUUGUCGAAUAGUUUAUUAAUCCGAUUGCGUCGAUCGAAUAGAAAUAAAUUAGCCUACGUUCUGACGGCAAAGUAAAAAGAGGAAGUGACAUACACACAUACACACACAAACACACAAAUAUGAGUGGCUUGUGGAGAGUUUUUCUGGUGGGCUGUCUACUGGAAGCCUGUUUAUCUCAUCCGGCGAAGGAGCAAGCUGGCAAAAUGUACGUCUCAAAGACGAAGAUGUCGGAUCUCGAGUCUUCAGCAAGUGGAUACGUCUACAAAAACCUCCCGGCGUCGAAGUACGCCGAAAUAAUAAACGAGGGACUGCGAGAGUUCGAAGAAGCACCCGCUGCAGCUCCAGCGAAAAAAUCAGCGAAAAAGGAGUUCGUCCUUCUCCCUUCAAUUCAACUGGAGCCUGACGCAGAGAUGCUGCCAGCUCAUUACACGAGGGUUGAACCACCAGGGGUCGACCACAUGGAGAUAUCGUUCCAGGACCCGGAAGCGUUGGAUUCGUACAGGAGUUCGCUGAUCGAGGGAACGCCGGAGGCGGACGCGGCGCCCGCCGCUUACGCGAAAACCGGGGAAUUCCAGGAGGGCGCCGGGAAGCAAUUCGCCGCGGAGAAGCACGUGGCCGAGGGGAAGAAGGGGGAGAAGGGCUUCAAGAAGGCAGAGGAAUUCGAGGAGGCCGUUAAGGGUGAGCACGACAACGCGAAUCACAAGGGGAGCUACGCCGAGGCGGCGGGCAAGAAAAAGGCCUACGAUGAGACCGAGAAGCACUAUGCGGGGCACAAGGAUUCGGCAGAGGCGGACAAGGGCGCGAGCUACGAGCUGGAGGGCCACCACGAGAAGGGGCACAACAACGCCGGCUUCCACAACGUCUAUCACAAGGACGAGUACAAGAAGGACUCGGACUUCUACGACAAGGACCACAGGGGUGGCAAGUUCAGGAAGCACGGUCACUACGGCGAGAAGCACACCUCGGCCGAGGGCGGUUUCAAGAAGGGUGGAAAUCACGACUCGGGAUACGCCGAGGCCGACGAAGCCAGGGAGGGUGAAUUUGCCAAGGGGCACGAGCGGGAGGCAAAGAAGGGGCACGCCGCGAAGCAGGGGUACGGCGGGUUCUUCGGAAAUUUCGAAGAGUUUGCUAAAAAGGGCGGCGCCGUCGAAGCGAAGAAAUACGGCUUCAGCAGCGGCGACAACGCGAAGGAGUCUCGUUGAUGCUAAUUACCACUACAAUUCGUGUACAGUAGUAUUAUGGUUUCUCAUUAAUGUACGGUAGGACCCACCAGACGAUAAUCGACCUGCUAAAUUUGUAUUUAUUCAACAAUGCACUUAUACAUUUCUACAGCAUGUUCUAUAUCUGUUAGGUAAUAAAUUAAUGGUUCAAAUAUAUUUAUACUUAU